UACAGAAACAACUAAAAAAGAAACAAACUCUUCCAUCGUCAUUCUAUUCCACCACUCUCUCUCUCUCUCUGUCUCUCUGUAUAUGUAGCUCCAUUAACUUCUCCUUUCUUUUAAUUUAUCUCACCUUUGUCAUGCAGUUGAGCUAGACAAUUUAACGAACACCUUUCAAACUUUUAACUUAACGGUUGCUACUCUACUACUUCUCCGACCAAAGAUCACUGAUUUCCGGCAUGAAACUCCCGCAAAAUCCAAAACCCAACUCGCUGCCGGCGGUCCUUUCGGGGAAAUGCCCAUAAAGCCAACCACGACCAAAGUUAAUGGACGAAACCCAACACCAUAAUGCAACAUAUGUCUGGUUCUAUCGUUGAACCGCCGAAACCCAUUACUACUUUUCACUCUUCUCUUCUUCCUCCAUCAAUGGCUUCCACAAAUUCAACCCCCUCUGACCCAUUCCCCUCCGCAGACGAAUUAGCAGCCAAGGCUGUCAACAAGCGCUAUGAAGGCCUUGUUACUGUUCGAACAAAGGCCAUAAAGGGGAAAGGUGCUUGGUACUGGGCUCAUUUGGAGCCUAUUCUGAUUCGAAAUCCCAGUACUAACAACCCAAAAGCCGUGAAGCUCAAAUGCUCGCUUUGCGACUCAGUUUUCUCGGCUUCGAACCCGUCGAGAACUGCCACUGAGCAUCUGAAAAGGGGUACCUGCCCAAAUAUCAGUUCCGUACUGAGACCCAAUUCGUCGGUUUCGCCAUUGCCGUUGACGACGUUGCCUUCUCCUUCUUCCCACAACCACAGAAAGCGAAGCUCCCAAAGUUGUAUGAGUCCUCCUACUCCUCAUCACGCUCCCCCUACUGCUUUAGAGGUUCAUUCUUUAGCAAUGGUUGAGUCGACCAGGUACUGCGGCGAGUUCGGGUACUUGCCAUCGCAGAACGCCGGCGGUGGUGCUAAUAAUACCGGAUUAUAUAACCACCAUUUGAUGUUAUCUGGUGGGAAAGACGAUUUGGGUGCUUUGGCAAUGUUAGAAAACAGUGUGAAGAAGCUAAAGAGUCCUAAAGCCUCACCGGGUCCGACUCUUAGCAAGGAGCAAAUUGACUCGGCGGUCGAGUUACUUGCCGAGUGGUUCUACGAGUCAUGUGGGUCGGUCUCGUUAUCGAGCCUUGAGCAUCCCAAGUUCAGGGCCUUCCUUAAUCAUGUGGGGUUGCCUGCUUUGUCUCGGCGCGAGUUUUCGGGUGCUCGGCUCGACGCGAAAUUUGACGAGGCCAAAGCCGAGUCUGAAGCGAGAAUAGAAGAUGCCAUGUUUUUUCAAGUUGCUUCUAGUGGUUGGAAGAGCAAGGCUUUGUGUAGCUUUCCUUGCGGAGAAGAAAAUUUGGUCAAGUUCACUGUUAAUCUUCCUAACCGGACUAGUGUUUUUCAAAAAGCCGUCUUUACUGGAGGCCCGGUGUCAUCAAAGUACGCUGAGGAGAUUUUGUGGGAUACUGUUACUGGGAUAUGUGGAGGGUCCGAACAGCGUUGCGUGGGGAUAGUUGCAGAUAAGUAUAAAGCCAAGGCUUUAAAGAAUUUGGAGGUUCAGAACCACUGGAUGGUGAAUCUCUCGUGUCAGCUUCAGGGCUUCGUUGGUUUGAUUAAGGAUUUCAACAAAGAGUUUCCACUUUUCAGAGUUGUCUCUGAGAAUUGCAAAAAGCUUGCGAAUUUUGUAAAUACAGAGAGUCAGGUUAGGAAUAUUUUCCAGAAGUACAAGACGCAGGAGCUUGAGUGUGCCGGGUUGCUUCGAGUUCCUUCGCCGAAAUGCGAUACUUCAAAGAACUUUGGACCAGUUCUUGCAAUGUUGGAGGAUGUGUUGAGCUGUUCCCGAGUACUCCAAAUGGUCGUGAUGGAUGAUUCUUGUAAGGUGAUUCUUGUAGAGGACCCAACAGGGAGAGAGGUUGUUAGGAUGAUUCAAAGUGAUGGCUUUUGGAAUGAAUUGGAAUCAGUUUAUUCCCUUGUGAAGCUGAUCAGAGGGAUGGCUCAGGAGAUUGAGGUUGAGAGGCCAUUAGUUGGGCAAUGCUUACCUCUUUGGGAGGAGCUAAGAGCAAAAGUGAAGGAAUGGUGUGCUAAAUGCAGCAUUGCCGAAGCACCUGUUGAGAAAAUAAUCGAAAAUCGGUUCAAAAAAAUAUACCACCCAGCUUGGGCUGCUGCUUUUAUACUUGACCCUCUCAAUUUGAUCAGGGACACAAGUGGGAAAUAUCUUCCACCAUUCAAGUGCUUGACUCAUGAGCAAGAAAAGGAUGUGGAUAAGCUCAUAACCAGGUUGGUUAGCAGAGAAGAAGCUCAUAUUGCAUUGAUGGAGCUUAUGAAAUGGAGGUCGGAAGGGCUGGACCCCCUUUAUGCUCAAGCAGUUCAGGUAAAACAAAGAGACCCCGUCACUGGAAAGAUGAAAGUUGCGAAUCCACAAAGCAGUAGACUUGUAUGGGAAACUUGCUUAAGCGAGUUUAAGACUUUAGGUAAGGUUGCAGUGAGGCUUAUUUUUCUUCAAGCAACCUCAUGUGGAUUCAAGUGCAAUUGGUCUUUCACAAAAUGGAUUUGUGUGCAUAGACACUCGAAGAUAGGUGUAGAAAAAGCCCAGAAGAUGAUAUUUGUAGCAGCUCAUGCCAAGCUCGAAAGACGGGAUCUUUCCAAUGAAGAAGAAAAAGAUGCAGAACUUUUUGGUGGUGGUAAUGUUGAGGACGACAUGCUCAAUGAGGUCUUUGCCGAUGCACCCUCCGUGUAAUGUUUUCUUUUCAAACUCUCGUCGGUUUCUCUGUAGCUUUAGGAUUUUUAUUUAAUUCUUUCUCUUCAUUUUAUUCUCUUCUUUCUUUUUUUUUCCUACCUUAUUACGUAUAGAUUAGAAAUUUUGAGGAAAUUAUGGUUUGCUGAACGACAAUGUGAAGGAAUUGAACAAAUGUAUUACUAAACCAGGCUUGCUGCAUGGCUCAAUGAAAUCAUUAAUCUUUCACUGAAAAAUUUACUAUGGAA